AUGGGCGCUGCAGCGCCGACAUGCUCCGAGGGCAGCAGCUGCUCAGUGCGAGGCGGCGGCUUGGAUCCCGAGGGCGACGUAGAUCCUGUGGAGGCAUUGGGGACAUUCGCGCAAUCAGGCGGGCUUGAGCACAAGGAUGCCACCGAGGAAAAGGAAACGCCCGUCGCAAAGCUGGCCACCAUUCGAAGUGCACCACCGCAAGAAAUGCCGGUAUUGUGCUGUGCGCCUACCUCACCGCAGUCUCUGCUUCAGCAGAGCAUGAGCAUAUCUGUCGAAGAGAUGAUGAACAAGAUCCCCAGCCUGGCCAGCCUCACAGCAGACAGCGUGGCGAAUUCAUCGCAGAGGCACUCAAGGGUAUCCAAGAUGUCGCCUUCACGGAGUGGGUCUGCGCUAUCUGGUGGAAGGAGGAGCGGGAGGGGCAUGUUCAGCCUUGCAAUGAGCAAAAGCCAACGCUUUGAGUCUCAAUGCUACGAUGCCGUGGACAUCGAGCUGGCCCGGGGAAUCUCCAUCCGCCGCUCCCUCCGAGGCUUCGGACGUGUCUGGCGCUACAACCCCAGCAAUUGGACUCCCCAGGAGCGUGCCAAGCUCUACCAACUCUCAAGGAAUGUGGAGUCUUUUCGUGUAUUCUUGUCCCAUACCUGGUGGACACCGGGCCGAUGGAAGAUCUUGUCCCUCUUUUUCCAGUGUGGCUGGCAAUAUGCCAUUUUGUUUUGGCUUCUUGCCACCGUUCUUUCAAUCACCUUGUGCGUUCUGGAGGUAUUGCCCAUGCCGUUACUGUACGAAGUAGAGUCCUUUGGGUUUAACAAGCAAUGUCCGCUGGGCUUCUGGAUCUUGAGCAGCAGCUGUCUGGGCAUGGUGUUGGGUCUUCUGUCCACACCUUACUGGCCGGAUUCGUGCAGCAGAAGCGACAUGAGCUUCAUCGAUGUGGCAAGCAUUCAUCAGCUCGACCUGACGCUGAUGGAGCGAGGCGUCUUCGGCAUUGGUGGCUGGUUGCGCAUCUCGAAAGAACUUCGGAUACUAUGGUCCGCGCCUUACCUGUCACGUCUCUGGUGCGUGUUUGAGCUGGCCGCCUACAAGAAGGUGAAUCCACUUGGAAAGCUCACAGUCAGACCUCUCUUCAUGGAAAGGAUGCUGGCUAGUCUCUGGCUUGCGGUUGUUUCAUACAGCUUUUUCUACCUGCUAACGCAGUCGCGCAUGGGUAGCGAUACUGUAUUCUAUGUGGGGAAUGCUCUUUGCACUGUGCCACUCUAUGCGUUGACACACUUUCUGAAGCAGAACUUUUUUGAGAAGCAUCAGCUGAUUGCCCACUUGGAGACGUUCGACUUGGAUGAAGUUGGGUGUUCUCAAGAGUUUGAUCGAGCGUUCAUCCAUGCAGCUAUCGAGAAAUGGUAUGGAAGCAAGGAAGCCUUCACAGACUUUGUUCGUGGUGAGCUCAAGAUGGAGGUGUCAACAGCAAUCUCAUCGAGAAGGAGAUUUCCACUUCAAUACCUCCUGUUGAUCAGCCUGCCAAUAUUUAGCGUGAGUCUUGAACUAUUGUUGGCACUUUGGAUGGCUGGUGCGCCACAAGAGCACGUGGUGUCCUUCUUCAUCUGCAACUUCAUGGGACUGAACCUGUUUUUGUUUUCUUCCACCGUCUUGGUGCUGUGCUACAUGUGCGACCACUUUGCACGGCACCUGAGCCACGCGUGGACCCUGGCAGUGACGUGCGUCAUUGCGGCGUGCGGUGGCACCGGUAUGAGUCUUGCCAGAGUCGCUUGGAAGAACGGCUUGGCCUAUACUGUGAUCUAUACGCUGGCCGCCCUGCUUGUUGCUAUUCUUGCACGUUGGUUGGAUGGCAUCUCCUGCGGAAUUGCGUGCUCAUGCUGUGGUCCCUGGCCUCAGACGGAUGGCAUGACGGCCAUUCCUGUUACAGAUUCCGCCAGAGGUGUCAGCACCAUCCUUGAGUCCAGCCAAGAGCUGAGGGAGGGAGCGUUUGGCACGCGGUCCUAA